AUGACCACAGCAACCAUUCCUAGUGUCGCCGUGAUUGGGCUAGGCGCCUUUGGAUUGGUGACUGUCAAGAAUUUACUUGAGGAAGGCUUCGAUGUCACAGGCUUUGAUCGCAACAGCUCCGUCGGUGGACUCUGGAGCCUCUCACCCGAAGCGACCGUCUCAGCGCUGUCAUCGACCAGUGUGAACGUUUCACGAGAGCGAGGAUGCUUCACCGACUUCCCAUUCCCAGACGAGACUGGAUCCUAUCCCACGGCUGGUGAGGUCAAGAAAUACCUAAACGACUACUGCUCACACUUCAACCUCUGGCCGAAUCUGCACCUGCAGACUUCGAUUGCUGGUAUUCAGCGAGAUGAGGAAGCCAGGAAGUGGAGGCUUAAUGUUGUGCGAAAGGGUGGCAUCAUUGAGAAACUGUCGUUCGACAAGCUCGUCAUCGCCACUGGACCACAGAAUGUGCCUGUCAUACCCGACAUACCCAACGCCAACGUCUUCAAAGGCACGAUCACCCACUCAGCUACGUUUAAAGAUCCCACCAAGUUUGCCGGUAAGAACGUCGUCGUCCUCGGCAUCGGCAACUCAGCAGUAGACACUUCAACCUCCCUCAUCGGCCACGCAAACAAGAUCUACCUGGCGCACCGCAGUGGCUGCCUACUCCUGCCACGUAUCUUAAACGAUGGAACUUCACUCGACCAUGCAGCCACUUAUCGUACCUUCGCCAUCCGUGACUUCCUCGAGACGUUUGUACCACAGCUUGCCGCGCGCUUCAUCGACAAUAUGGUUGCCACGAUACAGAAGACGCAUUAUGACUUUGACCCGCAGUGGCGAAUCGAUACUCCUACGCCAUCGCUCACGAAACGAAACCCUACCGUGUCGUACUUUAUCUACGAUGCUCUACGUGAGGAGAAAGUGAUCUCUACGCAUGGGAUCAAGAGGUAUGCCGGGCCACGAUCUUUGGAGAUGGAUGAUGGUACAGUCCUGGAAGAUGUCGAUGCAGUCGUGUAUUGUACUGGCUAUCAACUCGAAUUGAGCUGGCUCGGGAAGUAUGACCCAACAGUCAUCAACCCUGAUACCGCUGAUGAGAAGCAACACGAUUACGCCGCACCUCGUUUGUACCAGAACAUCAUAUCCCACGACCAACCAGACAGCCUUGCAUUCAUCGGUCUCGCACUUACAAUCUUCCCAGCAUUUGUAAUCGCGGAUUUGUCGGCCAUGGCGCUAGCUCAGAUGUGGAGCAAGCCAGAACUCCUACCUUCAGACCACGAGAUGCAAGACCGGCUCGCGAAGCAUAAAGCCUGGCGAGCUCGCGUCAAUGUCAUGGCCAAUCCUGCUGGUAAAGGUCCGCCACCGCUGCAAGUCGAGACGGGACAUUUCUUGGCUUGGGUUCAGGAUGUAGCGGGCACGUGGGUCAAUGAGCAUCUGAGUUAUAACAGUCUUGCAGCUUGGAUAUUGUGGUGGCAAGAUCGGGAGUUGAGUAAGGUGCUGAUGGAUGGCGUCAAUUCGCCUCAUUCUUAUAGGCUGUUUGACAGUCAUGGUCGGAGGAAGGCCUGGGGUGGUGCACGAGAUGCCGUCUUCCAUGUCAACGAGGAAGUCAAGCGGAGGGUCGAGGCUAGGAAGGCCGAUGGGAAAGUGAAGAUCAUAUCUGGAGGUGUAAUUGCCCAUUCUUGA